AUGUGUGAGGAAGGAGCCGCCAAGCUGCGCCUGAAGCCCCGGACGGCGCUGUCCGCCCGUGGUCGGGACUGCAGCCCCGGCCCUGAGCCCCCGCCGCGGACCCAGGCAUUGACUGACAGAUGUUCCUGGUUUGAAAAGGAAGACUUAAAUGAGUGUGAAAAAACCUGGCUUUUGCUACUGAAACACAUCAGUCAAGAUUUGCACUGCACAAACUGGGACACAAUGCCCAACUUUCCGGCGUUCUUGGAAAAGGAACAACAGGAAAGGAGUCCAGAACACCAUGAAGUCUUUACAGUCAGAAUAAAAGACAUUCAGUGGGUAUCAUUCCCAUCUUUUCACAAAGAAAAAUGUCUGAACCCCAAGGAUCUGAGCUCUCAGCAGCCAACACAGAGUCAGAGCAAUGAACAUAAAGGACAGGACCAAUCAUCCACAGCUGGGAAAACCUGCAGGGGAACUAGUACAGAUCAAGCCAAAACUGUGUCUGGGGCAGACACAAAAGGUGUUUCAGAGCUGGAUGUGAGUCCUAAGUCAUGUAAAUUCCCUGGGCACAGCAGCUCAGCACAGCCCUUGGCCUUGGUACAAAGCCCUGCAGAAGCUCUGAGCCCUCAGCAGCACCACACAGGGACUGUACAGAACAGUAGGGCAGACAGGAAAGAAAAGGGUGAGGAAAAGACUCAAAUCCAAACACAUCAGGGGGAUCUUCCAGUGGGGGAGGCCACAGAGGUGCCUGCUGAGAAGCCUCGGCUAGGGAGCACUCCAGGGGCUGAGAGCCGUGAGGAGAAGAUGGAAAACCAGAGUGAAGCAUCUUCAGCUCUUGACAGUUGUCCAAUGUGUCUGAUGCAGUUUAGUGGAAGACUCUCUCAGCUGGACAUCGAUGGCCACCUUGCCAGGUGCUUGUCUGAAAGUGCAGAUGAUGUCAUGUGGUAAAUCCAGAAGAGUGGAGAGCAAAGGAACAAGGCCAAGGAUGAAGCUUUCUCAAAGGAAAAGGAAAAAUGUGUCAAGGAAGCACAUCCUUUACUCUGACUUCAAGCAGUAACUCAGAAGAAGGAUAAAUGCCACCUGCCUAUUUGCUUCUUUUUUUUUAAUUUUAAAGCCUACCAAAUGCACAUGAAGUAGUUCUAGUUCUGAAAGCAGUGCUCUGGGAUGUCCCAGAGACCCCCAGGGAAAUCAGGCUUGGUAUUCCUGAAAAAAAUGCACUAGUGGAAAUCCCUCAAGCUUUGUCUCAUGUACCAGAGUUCUGAACCUCUCAGGACAGAAGAAAGCAGCUGAGCAAAAAACAAC